GCAAGAAGACUAGGGCGUUUGGUAUUAAGAGCUCGAGCCCUGCUGCCAGGCAGGGACCUCGGCGUCCCCAGAGACCAUGCAGCGGUCGCCUCUGGAAAAGGCCAGCGUCGUCUCCAAACUUUUUUUCAGCUGGACUACACCAAUUUUGAAGAAAGGUUAUAGACAGCGGCUGGAGUUGUCAGACAUAUACCAGAUCCCUUCAGCUGAUUCUGCUGAUAAUCUCUCUGAAAUAUUAGAAAGAGAAUGGGACAGAGAACUGGCAUCAAAGAAAAAUCCUAAACUUAUUAAUGCCCUUCGGAGAUGCUUUUUCUGGAGAUUUAUGUUCUAUGGAAUCUUAUUAUAUUUAGGGGAAGUCACAAAAGCAGUCCAGCCUCUCUUACUGGGAAGAAUCAUAGCUUCCUAUGAUCCAGAUAACAAGGUGGAACGUUCCAUCUCAAUUUACCUAGGCAUAGGAUUAUGCCUUCUCUUUAUCCUGAGGACACUGCUUCUGCACCCGGCCAUUUUUGGCCUUCACCACAUUGGAAUGCAAAUGAGGAUAGCUAUGUUUAGUUUGAUUUAUAAGAAGACUUUAAAGCUGUCAAGCCGUGUUCUAGAUAAAAUCAGUAUUGGACAACUUGUUAGUCUCCUUUCCAACAACCUGAACAAAUUUGAUGAAGGACUUGCAUUGGCACAUUUUGUGUGGAUCGCUCCUUUGCAAGUGACACUUCUGAUGGGGCUGCUCUGGGAACUGUUACAAGCCUCUGCCUUCUGUGGACUUGCUGUACUCAUAGUCCUUGCCAUUGUUCAAGCUUCGUUAGGGAGAAUGAUGAUGAAGUACAGAGAUCAGAGAGCUGGGAAAAUCAAUGAAAGACUCGUGAUCACAUCAGAAAUGAUUGAAAAUAUCCAAUCUGUUAAGGCAUACUGCUGGGAGGAAGCAAUGGAAAAAAUGAUUGAAAAUCUAAGGAAAACAGAACUAAAACUGACCCAGAAGGCAGCCUAUGUAAGAUACGUGAAUAGCUCAGCCUUCUUCUCUUCAGGGUUCUUUGUGGUGCUGUUUUCUGUGCUUCCCCAUGCAUUGAACAAAGGAAUCAUCCUUCGAAAAAUAUUCACAACCAUCUCAUUCUGCAUCGUUCUGCGCAUGGCAGUCACUCGGCAAUUCCCAUGGGCUGUACAAACAUGGUAUGACUCUAUCGGAGCAAUAAACAAAAUACAGGAUUUCUUACAAAAGCAAGAGUUUAAGACAUUGGAAUAUAACUUAACAACCACGGAAGUAGUGAUGGAGAAUGUAACAGCCUUCUGGGAUGAGGGAUUUGGGGAAUUAUUUGAGAAUGCAAAACAAAACAAUAAAAGUAGAAACAUUUCCAAUAGUGAUAACAACCUCUUCUUCAGUAACUUCUCACUUCUUGGUACUCCCGUCCUGAAAGAUAUCAAUUUCCAGAUAGAAAGAGGACAGUUGUUGGCGAUUGCUGGAUCUACUGGAGCAGGCAAGACCUCACUUUUAAUGAUGCUCAUGGGAGAGCUGGAGCCUUCUGAGGGUAAAAUUAAGCACAGUGGAAGAAUUUCAUUCUGCUCUCAGUUUUCAUGGAUCAUGCCUGGCACCAUUAAAGAAAACAUUAUCUUUGGUGUUUGCUAUGAUGAGUAUAGAUAUAGGAGUGUCAUCAAAGCAUGCCAGCUAGAAGAGGACAUUUCCAAGUUUGCAGAGAAAGACAAUGUAGUUCUUGGAGAAGGUGGACUGACACUGAGUGGAGGGCAGAGAGCGAGAAUUUGUUUAGCAAGAGCAGUAUACAAAGAUGCUGAUUUGUACCUAUUAGACUCUCCUUUUGGAUACCUGGAUGUUUUAACAGAAAAACAAAUAUUUGAAAGCUGUGUCUGUAAAUUGAUGGCUAACAAAACUAGGAUUUUGGUCACUUCUAAAAUGGAACACUUAAAGAAAGCUGACAAAAUAUUAAUUUUACAUGAAGGUAGCAGCUAUUUUUAUGGGACAUUUUCAGAAUUACAAAAUCUACGGCCUGAUUUCCACUCAAAGCUCAUGGGAUAUGAUUCUUUUGACCAGUUUAGUGCAGAAAGAAGAAAUUCAAUCCUAACUGAGACUUUACGGCGUUUCUCAUUAGAAGGAGAUGCUGCCAUCCCCUGGAAUGAAACAAAAAAACAAUCCUUUAAGCAGCCUGGGGAGUUUGGUGAAAAAAGGAAGAGCUCUAUUCUCAAUCCAAUCAAUUCUGCAAAAAAAUUUUCAAUAGUACAAAAGACUCCAUUACAAAUCAAUGGCAUCGAAGAAGAUUCAGAAGAGCCUUCUGAGAGAAGAUUGUCCUUAGUUCCAGAUUCUGAGCAGGGAGAGGCUAUCCUGCCACGAAGCAAUGUGAUUAACACUGGUCCCACAUUUCAGAAACGAAGGAGGCAAUCUGUUCUGAACCUGAUGACACACUCCUCAGUGAAUCAAUGUCAAAUCACUCACCAAAAGACAGCAGCAUCUACAGGAAAAAUGUCACUGGCUCCUCAGGGGGACUUAGCUGAAAUGGAUAUAUAUUCAAGACGUUUAUCUCAAGGUAGUGGCUUGGAAAUAAGUGAAGAAAUUAAUGAAGAAGAUUUAAAGGAGUGCUUUUUUGAUGACAUGGAGAGCAUACCAGCAGUGACGACAUGGAACACGUACCUUAGAUAUGUUACUGUGCACAAGAGCUUAAGUUUUGUGCUGAUUUGGUGUUUGGUUCUUUUUCUUGCUGAGGUGGCUGCUUCUUUGGUUUUAUUGUGGCUAUUUAAAGAAAGACCUCCUCAAGACACAGUGAAUAGUACUGGGAGUACAAAUAGCAGCUCUGCAUUGAUCAUCACCAGCACCAGCCACUUUUAUAUUUUAUACAUUUACGUGGGAGUAGCCGACACUUUGUUUGCUCUGGGAAUCACCGGAGGUUUACCGCUGGUGCAUUCUCUAAUCACAGUGUCGAAAAUUUUACACCACAAAAUGUUACAUUCUAUUCUUCAUGCACCUAUGUCAACCCUCAACAUGUUAAAAGCAGGUGAGAUUCUUAAUAGAUUUUCCAAAGAUACAGCAAUUUUGGAUGAUCUUCUGCCUCUUACCAUAUUUGACUUUAUUCAGUUGGUAUUAAUUGUGAUCGGAGCUAUAACAGUGGUGUCGAUUUUACACCCCUACAUUUUCCUAGCAACAGUGCCAGUGAUCACUGCUUUUAUUAUACUGAGAGCCUACUUCCUCCCCACCUCCCAGCAACUCAAACAACUGGAAUCUGAAGGCAGGAGUCCAAUAUUCACUCAUCUGGUUACAAGCUUAAGAGGACUGUGGACACUUCGUGCCUUUGGACGUCAGCCUUACUUUGAAACAUUGUUCCACAAAGCUCUGAAUUUACAUACUGCCAACUGGUUCUUGUAUCUAUCAACACUGCGAUGGUUUCAAAUGAGAAUAGAAAUGAUUUUUGUCAUCUUCUUCAUUGCUGUUACUUUCAUUUCCAUUUUCACAACAGGUGAAGGAGAAGGAAGAGUAGGUAUUAUUCUAACGUUGGCCAUGAAUAUCAUGAGUACUUUGCAGUGGGCUAUGAACUCCAGCAUAGAUGUGGAUAGUUUGAUGCGGUCUGUGAGCCGAGUCUUUAAGUUUAUAGACAUGCCAACAGAACAAAGUAAAUCUACCAAGUUGAUCAAACCAUCUGAGGAUGACCAGCUCACGAAAGUUAUGAUUAUUGAGAAUCAGCACGUGAAGAAAGAUGACCUCUGGCCCUUAGGGGGCCAAAUGACCGUCAAAAACCUCAUAGCAAAAUAUACAGACAAUGGGAAUGCCAUAUUGGAGAACAUUUCCUUCUCAAUAAGUCCUGGCCAGAGGGUGGGCCUCUUGGGAAGAACUGGGUCAGGAAAGAGUACUUUAUUAUCAGCUCUUUUGAGACUGCUGAACACCGAAGGAGAAAUCCAAAUAGAUGGUGUGUCUUGGGAUUCAGUGACUUUGCAACAGUGGAGGAAAGCCUUUGGAGUUAUACCACAGAAAGUAUUUAUCUUCUCUGGAACAUUUAGAAAAAAUUUGGAUCCCUAUGAACAGUGGAAUGAUGAAGAAAUAUGGAAAGUUGCAGAUGAGGUUGGACUCAGAUCUGUGAUAGAGCAAUUUCCUGGAAAGCUUGAUUUUGUCCUUUUGGAUGGGGGUUUAGUCCUAAGCCAUGGCCACAAGCAAUUGAUAUGCUUGGCCAGAUCUGUUCUCAGUAAGGCAAAGAUCUUGCUGCUUGAUGAACCCAGUGCUCAUUUGGAUCCAAUAACAUAUCAAAUCAUUCGGAGGACCCUAAAACAAGCAUUUGCUGACUGCACAGUGAUCCUCUCUGAACACAGGAUAGAAGCAAUGUUGGAAUGUCAACAGUUUUUGGUCAUAGAGGAGAACAAAGUACGGCAGUAUGAUUCCCUCCAGAAACUGCUGAGUGAGAAGGUCCUCUUCCAGCAAGCCAUGAGCUCCUUGGACCGCCUGAAGCCCUUACCCCACCGAAACUCAAGCAAGCACAAAUCUCGACCCAAAAUCACUGCUCUGAAGGAGGAGACAGAAGAAGAAGUACAGGAAACAAGGCUGUAGAAAGCAAUAUGAAUAUUCGCAUUGAAUGCUCACUCACAGAGUUGUAGGAGAAAACAGUUUAUGCCUCAGAAAACAAGCAUGUUAUAUUUCAAAAAGAAACAUUUUGGUAAGAGGCAUUGACAAUGUUCACAUAGCCAGGAUAAAUUGCUUCCUGGCAAUGGUAAAAUUGUGUGAAAGGUAGUUCAAAUCCUUGAAGAUUUACCAUUUGUGUUUGCAAACCAGGUUUUCUUGAAAACUUUUUCCCUUUGGCAGUUAUUUGAAAGGGGACUAUAAAUGUCAACCAGCUUUAGUUCAACUUACUGUUUAGUGAAAUUUCUUGAUUUGCAUUAUUGGAGAACUAUAAUAAUACUAUUUAGAGAUACGAUUAACUGAAAACUUUAGUGGUUUAUAUUGCUUUUUCUCUACUCUCUCCAAGAUAUUUAACAACAACACUGUAUAUUCUGAUAAGUUUUCAGACUGUCCCAUUCCAAGCGAGUAUUAGAAUACUGUGAGAGUCACAGGACAGUUUAUCAAAAUAUAUAACUACAACAUCUAGGUAUCAGUCAGGACAGAGGACUUCCUGAAUCCUAGAAAUCGGGGUUAGUACCAUUCGGCUCUACCAAAAAUCCAAAUAAUUCAGAUAAUCAUAAUAUAUUCUUUACCUGGAAAAGGGACUCUUAUAUCAUGUAGGGGACAGAAUAGCUCCCUUCAUGUAGAAGUUGACAUGCCUUUCCCAAGCUUCCAGAAAGUAACAAGGUCAUAAAACAUCCGAACUGAAGGAUGGCUAGAAAAUUGGUGCAAAAAAAAAAUCCUUCUUAUCACAGAAAUUCCACGUAGUGAACACACAGGCAGCUGAGCUGUGGGGACUGCAGGUAUUUGUACCUGAAAUCUGAAAAUCUAGGUAUAAAUGAGGUCUUGUGUUUUCAGACUUACUAUAUGCACUUCUUACUGUAUAUACUGAGUGGGAGAGGGAAUGAGAGACACACUGAAGAAAAAUCAAUCAUGAAUUAACUUUAUAUGCUUCUGUUUUAUAAUUUUGUGAUGCAAAUGAAAUUUUCUAUAGGAAAUAGUAUUUAUUCUAAUUAUGUGUCAAGCUCAUAUAAAUGGCUAUAUUUUAAAAAUGAUGAAUAUUAUGAAUUAUAUUUGUAUAAAAAUUUAUAUUUGAAGUUUUGACUUUUAAUGGCAUUAGCUAUUUUUAUGAUAUGUUUAAACUGGGGGAAAACUUCAGGUGAUGUUGACUGGGGGCUAUGAAGUACCUUGAGGGUGUGGAGAGAAGCAUUAGGGCUCACUCGGUUGUUGUACACUUCUGGGUAAUUCGCAAUGAGCACAUAGGUUCCCUCUAGGGGAAGCUCUAAAGAAAAUAGUACCACAGAAGCUGACUACUCCUAUUAAGGACACACAACCUUCCAGCUUCAACUAACCCUAAAGAUUUAAUUCUAUGUGUUAUUGUCAGAAAAAUAUUACUUGUCAAUAAAAACCAUAUAUUUGUGUGAAACUUAGCUUUUUUCAGAUGUGUUCAUUGAUUGUGUUUCUUCAAUCUCUAAGGAUCAUGGAGCACAAACCAUGAAACUUCUUUUAGUGGUUUAUAUUGCUUUUUCUCUUGAGAAUCUCACAUGAAUUGAGACACUCUUAAAAUUAUUUCUUUUAAAAAUUGGGGUAAAAUGUGCAUAACCUAAAAUUUACCAUGUUAACCAUUUUUAGUGGUCUUAAAUACAUUCACAUUGUUAUAUAAUCAUCAUCGCCACCAAUUUACAGACCUUUUUUAUCUUGCAAAACUGAAACUCUAGCCAUUACACAAAAACUCCCCAUUUCUCCCUUUUCCCAGCCUGUAUCAAUUUUACCUCAUAUGAGUGGAAUCAUAUACUACAUAUUUAUCCUUUUGUGAUUAUUUUAUUUCACUUAGCAUAAUGUCUUUAAGAUUCCUCCAUGUUGUAGCAUGUCAGAAUUUUCUUCCUGUUUAAGACUGGAAUAAUAUUUUACUGUGUGUAUGUACCACACUUUGUUUAUCCAUCCACUUGUCCAUGCACACUUAGCAUGCCUCCACCUUUUACCAUGUUGAAUAAUGCUUUAUAAACAUGGGUAUACGGAUAUCAUUUUGUGUCCCUGCUUUCCUGAGUUAGGAUAGUUGUCAAAUUAUUUAUUCGUUUUAAAAUGGGCUUAUAUAACAACAAAAAUACUCUGCAAAGAUCCAUUUAUUUAUUUGAAAGCUUAUUUAAACAGUGAUAGCUAUCUGAUAGCUCUUGAUAAGUGACCAAAGCUUGUCAAGGGAAAUAGUGUUUCUACACUAACCUGGGGUGGCUCUUCUUUGUUCAAAUCUCUGUUUUUAAUCAGUGAAGCUUCUUUGGUCCCUUUUCUUCCUUGCAGAGUUUAAUUUUCUUUUCCUGAGGGAAGUCCACGGAUGCCUUUACUGCUUUGGGGACGGGGUUGCUCGGGAGCUCUUGGUGGCUGCACAGGACAGCACUGGCCCUGCAGAUCACGGCCCAUGCACUGAUCCUGGUGGUACUUGUUCUAGAGGGUCCUGAGAUGCUGCUCAGGGUGGCCCAGGCAUUCUCGUUCAUGGUGGUUUGCAAAAGGAGGUGACCUGCUGGAUCUCCACUAUGUUACAGCCACCACACCUUUGCCAGGGGGGUGCAGAAGGAGUGGCGCACCCUCAGAUGAUUAGGUUCAGCACGGAUGUCUGUUCAUUCCACUUGAUGGGGAAGCUGG